AUGGAGCUGGCUGUGACCGCACUGAACGGCCUCCUCCCCAAGCUUGGUUCCCUUCUGGUGGGUGAGUACAAUCUUCAGAAGCGUGUGAGAGGGGAGAUCCGGUUCCUCAAGGACGAGAUGGAGAGGAUGCAGGCGGCCCUCAACGUCUUGUCCAAGCAGCCAGCAGAUUGCGUUAGCGAUCUUGACAAGCUGUGGGCAAGGGAUUUGAAGGAGCUGUCCUACGACAUAGAGGACAGCGUGGAUACAUUCAUGCUGCGUGUGGAUGGUGCUCACGCGAAUCCACGCAGAUUGACUGGUUUCAGGAGGUUCAUCGAUAAGAUCGGCCUCAUUGACAAGAUGAAGUUGGUAAAACAGGCCAAGGUUCGUCGCCGGGUCGCCAUGGAGCUCGAAGACAUCAAGAACCGUGUCACAGAGGUGGCUGCUAGGAGGGAGAGGUACACUACCGUCCCCACAGAGCAGCCUGACACAAAAGCCAUCAUCGAUCCGCGCAUCCAAUCUCUCUUUGAAGAUGUGCCCGACCUCGUUGGCAUCGAUGGCCCCUCAGAGAGGCUUGCCAGCUUGCUGACGCAAGGGAGGGAGAACCUUAUGGUUGCCUCGAUUGUUGGACUAGGAGGCCUUGGUAAGACGACGCUUGCCAAUUCUGUGUAUCAAAGACUCGGAAGCCAAUUCAAGUGUCAAGCUUUCGUCUCAGUGUCACUUAAGCCAGACAUAAAGAGGACCUUAAGCAGCAUACUACGUCAAGUCAGGAGUAACAACUGCACCGACGACGGUGAAAAAGAUCCCGCCAACGCCAACGACGGAGAAAAAGAUCCCGAGGAACUUAUAAGGAGUAUAAGGAAAUGCCUCAAUGACAAGAGGUACUUCAUUGUCAUCGAUGAUCUAUGGGAUGAAUCAGCAUGGAAAAUUAUCAAGUGUGCUUUGAUUGACAACUGUCAUGGAAGCAGGGUAAUUGUGACGACCCGUAAUCUUCAUGUGGCAAAACUGUGUGCAACUCCUAUUGGUGGUGCCUUGUGUGAACUAGAACCUCUCUCUGAUGCACACUCCAAAAGGUUGUUCUAUAAAAGGGUAUUUAACAAAGAUGGAAUUCAUAAUGAGUUGGAUGAAGUAGCCGGGAGAAUUUUGAAGAAAUGUGGUGGGGUACCAUUAGCUAUCAUUACCGUAGCUAGUUUGUUGGCUAGUAAACCCAGAACAAGGUAUGAAUGGAAUCGUGUAUACAGAUCUCUUGGUUCAGGACUUGAUAAAGAUAAGACUAUGGAGAAUAUGCGAGUCAUUUUAUCUCUCAGUUACUAUGAGCUUCCUUCCUAUCUAAAGCCCUGUUUAAUGUAUUUAAGCCUGUUUCCGGAGGAUUGCCAUAUUGACAAAGACAGCCUUGUGAGGAGAUGGGUUGCCGAAGGCCUUGUGGAUGGACAAGAUGGGAGAAAUUUGUACGAGCUGUAUGACCUUGGAGAGAGUUAUUUCAUUGAGCUUGUUAAUAGAAGUUUCAUCCAGCCAUUAGACAUUGAUGCUGUAGAUGGUAUUCCAAAUGCUUGUUCUGUGCAUGAUGUGAUACUUGAUCUUCUAAUUUCCCUGUCAACUGAGGAUAAUUUUGUGUCAAGGUUAGAUUGUCAGAACUUUGUUCCCUCAACACGUAAGAUUCGCCGACUGUUGCUGCAAGACAAUCAGGAGGAAGUCAUAGUGCCACAAACAGUGGACGUAUCCCAUGUGAGGUCAGUGAUUGCAUUUGGUGAUGCUUUUCACUGGAUGCCACAUCUGUCAAGGUUUAAGUUUCUUCGUGUUUUGGAUCUGGAAGGUUUCCCAAGCAAGAAUAAUCAUCCAAGGGAUCUACGACAUUUGCAUCAUUUGAGGUAUCUGCAGCUACGUGGUUAUCUUGGAAGAGAGGUACUAGAAGAAAUUGGAAACCUACAGCACCUAAAGAUGUUGGACUUAAGUCAUGCCUACGUACAUGAUGAUGAACUGCCGGCAAGUAUCAUUCGGCUUAGAAACCUUCAAAGUCUACUUGUCGAUGUUGGUGUCAAGAUGCCACAAGGAAUUGGGAGCUUAAGUCUACUGCAAGAAAUAUCAUGGAUUGAGGUGGAACCAAACACUGCAGCUGAGUUUGGAAGGUUAACAGAGAUGAGGGUGCUCUGCAUAUAUGGACUAGGUUUCGACGAGAGUGACGACCAGGCUUUUCUCCAGAGUCUGUCCAAUCUAAGCAACCUUUUGGGUUUAUUCAUUGAUCGAUCUAAGCUAUGUUCCUUAGAUAACUUGUCCGAUCCUAGGCGCGUCCCAGCACGCCUCCGUUUCUUUCGUGGAACCAGGACAACCUUCCAGCAGCUGCCACGUUGGUUUUCAUGGCUCUCUGAGCUGUCCGGCUUAACCAUCACCGUAAAUAAGCUCACACAGGAUGACCUCAAAAUGCUUGGAGCCUUACCUGAGUUACGUUUUCUUCAACUGGAAGUUGCUCAGGAAGGUACCACUGCCGAAGAACGGUUGUCGAUUGGUAGCGAUCAGCCCUUUGAAUCAUUGGAAGAAUUUAAAUUUAAGCACUGUGCAAGAUGUUGGCUGGUGUUUUCUCAAGGAGUGAUGGCAAGGCUUCAAAAGCUCGAGUUAUACUUUGAAGUAAGGAAGAGAGAUGGUGCGCUUGAUGUCGGCUUGGAGAACCUGACUUCCCUAAAACAUCUCACCAUUAUAGUUGAUUGCUAUCAAGCCAAGAUUAGGCAGGUGGAGGCUGUGGAGACCAAGCUCAGGAAUGCAUUGGACGUCCAUCCCAACAACCCAACUCUUGAGAUGUCGCGAGAAUCUACCUAUUACAUGCAACAGGAUGAGACUUCGGAGCAUCAUCAAAGUUUGGAAUUGCCGGCAGCCAACGAUGAAAGCGAUAACGAUAGUGAUGCUUUCAUGUAA